AGCACGACACUAACUUUGGCAGCCAGCAGCUGGCUGGAUGAUGGUGGCGCAAAUGGAUUUUUGCUGACAAUUUUGUUUACCCAGAUUUAUUUAAUUUACAUAGGUAUAUCUAUGUGCUGCAAAAAUUAUGUGAGCUAACAUAACAAAUUGAUUUGUAACGUAUUCCAACGAACCAGUGUACAAUGUUGGGGCAAAUCCUGCGAAACAGUGAAUGGAAGAGAAAGUGUUUGAAAUAGUAAAUAACGGGUCGAUAUGAAUAUGUCCGUCUCGGAUUUAUCUGUGGGAUGUCGUUUUGCUGAUUAUUUUGCGAUAUGUGGCCUCGACUUUGACUCUGGUCUGGAACCGGACAGAUUAUGUGGUGAUAAUUUGCACGUAUCUCCUCUAGAUCGUUCUUAUAAAGCAAAAAUUUUAGCUCAUUAUCCAGAUAAUAUCCAGAGUAAUCCAUUUGACGAACAUGCAGUAUGUAUGCUUUGUUUGCCAGCUGGACUGCAAUUUAGGACUCAGAAGCACUGCCUGGAACCCAGAUUUCAUAGUUUUGUUGUGACAAGAGAAAAUGCAUCUAGAUACUAUGGAUACAGUCUUGUGUUCUAUGAAGAAGUUCGAAACAGGAAUAUUUGUAGUGCAAUGCAUACAUUGCAGACAAUGUUCAUCACUGAACUGUCCAGUGGGCAAACUCCCCCUGGACAUAGGAAAGCAACGGGGAAGGAGAGUUCCCGCUCACUGCCGAGAUCUUUUAAGUUGGCUCCCCAUACUGGCACAGCACUCACAUACUAUGACAUAGCCAAAGAUAAACUCUAUGUAGCCAAAAGUAUAGCACUCAUAUGCCAGUACCCUUUUAUAAGGGUAGCGCAAUUGUUUUUAGAAAAUUUAUUUAGAUCAUUGCCAAGACAGCCAGGGCCAGGGUUGAGCCCUGAGUCCUAUGUCUACAACUUGCUGUACGAAGUGCCAGUGCCACUGCCGGGUCAAGCCCUGCGUCUCUAUGUCCCACCAGCGGAGCCACACCUUGAUCCUAUACCAGUUGUGAUAAGAAUGCCAAAUCCUCCAGAAGAGUUACCUUUGCUGGAUUACCCACUACGCAUAAUGUUUUCUACGCUGGGCGUAGAGUGUGUUGUUCAACUGUUCACAUGUGUCCUUCUAGAACACCAAGUGUUACUUCGAUCCAGUGACUACAACAAGCUAAUGCUGGUAGCAGAAUGCAUCACAGCGCUACUGCUGCCGUUCACAUGGGCGCACGUGUAUGUGCCGAUACUGCCGGCGCCACUGUAUCAUUUCCUCGACGCGCCGGUGCCUUUCGUCAUGGGUCUACACGCAGAGAGUGGGGCGAUGAAUCUGGGUUCAAAUGGCCCGCGGAGCAUCGCGCUGGGCACUGAAGCGGCGUUAUGUCUCGUCGACAUCGACAAGCCAGACAUACAGCUACCGGAGGAAAUGCCCAUAUUCCCGCAUCGGACGCCUCUGAUUGAAGAACUUAACCAUAUCUUGGAUAAGCACCAGAUCCAAAGACCCGAAACCGAGCCCACCAAACUUGGAGUGCCAAUAAAUGGAAGUUCUUAUAAGCACAUGAAUGAUAGUAUGAGCAGCAGUUGUACUUUGCCAUCAGGUGGUCUACGGCGCAAGCACUCGUUCCACGACGUGCUGGAGUGGGACGAGAGUCGUCCGCUGAACGCGUCUCCGCCCGGCUCGCCCACGCGCCGCGCGCCGCGCCGCCUCGACGCCCUGCAGCGCAUCGUCGACAUCGUCAAACGAACUGGCGUGAACAUCGACGAUGUAGACGCAGACACGGUGAUGCCGACGAUGAAGAAGAAGGUGCUGAAUGAUGAAGAGCAGUACGAGGACGACAUCAGGUUCAACCUGGCCAUACGCGAGACCUUCCUAAACCGCUUCGUGCACAUGUUCCUCAUGUACGAAAACUUCGUCAUCAUGCCUGAUCAGGACCGCGAAUCAUGGUUGUCGUCACGGGAAUCGAUGGUGAACUUCGACAAGGCGUCCUUCCUAUCCGACCAACCGCAGCGCCACCGGCCUUUCCUCUCGCGCUUCCUGGAAACGCAGAUGUUCGCAACACUCGUAGACAAUAGAAUCAUGGCCAACUGGGGCGAUUACGAUGCUAACCUUCAAGUCUUCGAGCACCGCAUCAAAGCCGUAAGACGGCGGCUGGGCGAGGGCGGGCUAGCGACGCGCGGGUACAGCGUGUGGGCGGGCGGCGCGGGCGGUGCGGGGGGCGCGGGCGGCGCGGCGGCGGGCGCCGAGCUGGAGGUGGGCGCGCCGGGGGAGCGGCUGCCGCACCGCGCCGCCUACUACCGCGCCUUCCCCGCGCGCCUCGACGCCGCCGCGCUGGCGCCGCCGCCGCCGCAGGACCGCAGAACGAAUAGUCUGAAGCGUAUAAAGAACGCGAAGUGGCAAGUCAAGGAUUGCCCCCCGGAACUGCUCCUGGGGGACAUCAGUCGGAGACUGUGCACUGACGUCACACCUGCCGCCAUUGCUCAGAACAACAGGACGUUCGUUGAAAAACUUCUUAAGGAAUGCAAAAGUAAAACAAAGCGGAUGCUUGUAGAGAAGAUGGGCACAGAAGAGACAGACCUGGGCUUAGGUACAGAAGUAUCUAUAACAGGCGUGGAAGAGAGUACUAUGAUCGCGUCUCUCUGCGACCUGUUAGAACGACUGUGGUCUCACGGACUGCAGCACAAGUUGGGGAAAUCGGCCUUGUGGAUGCACCUCACCAACUAUCAGGAGUUGGAGCAAUGCAGCAACUCAACGAAACCUAUUGAUCCUAAUUACCUCACGCCUGAUUUAUCGUCUGUUGGUGCGGAGGUUGAAGCGCAACAAAGCACAAGUACAGUCACCAGGUCCCGGGAUAGCUCUCGAGGAGGGUCCAGAGACAGUUCAAGAGAUAGACUCAGCAACUCUGGGACUUUAGAACGGAAAUCUUCGCAACCUCCCAACUGUCCGUUAAGACCGCUGCCUGAAAGCCUCACUUUUGAUAUGAGGAACGUUCAAGCAAUGACAGACAUUAAAACCGAAAUCGGCUACGCCCGUGCUUGGGUUCGGCUGUCGUUAGAAAAGAAGUUGUUAUCGAAACAUUUGCGGGAGCUGCUAGCAGACACGACGCUCCUACGGUCCCAGUAUAAGCGCACGGCUUUCCUACGUUGCGAGGAGGAGAGAGAACAGUUUUUAUAUCAUCUCCUGACACUCAAUGCUGUUGACUACUUCUGCUUUACCAACACGUAUCCCACCACUAAAUUGCCAUAUCGCGUUCUGAUCGUGCCAUCUCGCAAGGCCAGUCAAACGACUGCCAACUGCUGGAUCUCCAUAUCCGGAGCCAACGGAGAGUCUACGCCCAAAAUACCCAUACCACGGAAUACCAACGAAUUUGUCUUUCACCAUAAAAACCUAGGUGUUCUGUCAACUUUGAGGAUCGGCCAUGAUAACUCUGGACUGUCACCAAGGUGGCUGCUUGAUCAAGUCUACGUCCGCAAUGAGGUCACAGGCCACACAUACACAUUCCCGUGCAACCGCUGGCUGGGCUCGGGCGUGGACGACGGGUCCACGGAGCGGCUGCUGGUGGCGGCGCGCAUGCGCAGCGAGCGUACGCCGCGCACGCCCGCGCCGCACGCGCCUCCCGCGCCGCCCACGCCCACCACCACGCACCUCUCCACCUCCACCAUACAACACAUGAUCGGCGACUGCGUGAAUGCGAUAGUUAAAUGGCACUACCAGUCGAAAAGAGACAAAGAUGCAAAUUCUCUCAGUGUGUUGCUGUGUGGGGAAAAUGGUCUUGUGAAAUGUUUAGAGCAAGCCUUCCUUUGCGGGUUCAAGUCGGCCCGAUUAUUCGGAAAGAAUCUUUUCAUUUGGGACUAUUUUGCGCGAGUAAAGGACGAGUUCAAAAUGAGUUUAUGCGACGAGCCUAACGCUCAAACCAACAAGAGCUGUGGCGUAGCGUACAACUGUCGACAAGAUCAGGAACACAGGGCCAUAUGGCGGUGCUACUGCCACCUGAUGGAUGAGAUCAACUCUGUGGGCCGCACCCUAGGGAAAGACGGGAAGUUCCAACUCUUCAUCUGCCUGAGUUUACGGGAACACUGGCUCCACAGAAUGCUAGUACCAAUGUCAAUGACACGCGUCACCACUGAGAUGUACGAAGAACAAAGCUUCCUACGUAAGCGCGGUCUUCUCACGUUUUUGAGGCAGAUUCUCGAACCUCUCGACGAGUUCGACAUCGUGCUCGAAAACUCACUCACGCAGGGAAUAUAAAGUCUUACAGGCAUAAUUUAUCUACUCCAAAUAUAGCGAAAUUGAUUAACUUUAAAAGUUAUAAUAAAUAACUGACUUUCUGGCUCAACGAAAUAUAGACAGUCUUGUGGAGCCAUUUCAAGGUGUUAAACUUCUAUAUAUUUAUAUCUAAUCUAUAAUAAUUAUAUCCAAUCCAUGACAGUUGGAAUCUUUCGUACCCCAAGGACGUAUAUCACCCAAUCCAAUGGAAUUAUGCACUAUACCCAUCGCCUUUUAUUGGGUUAACGGUCUGCAAAGCGCAGGGUGAAAAUUACUAAUGUAGUAUUGAUAUACUAAUCUGUUCUUUGCAAGCUGACUUGUACACCUAAGUUUACUUUUUACGGGGCAUAUUUUCUCUAUUUAUAUACUUACUUGAUAAUGUUAAUUCUUUAUCUGCAUGUUUAAGUACCGAAUUAAAUGUAACGACAAUGAACGAAGAGACGAAAGAUCUUUUUGAUAAGUCUAUUUUUGUGUGUAGUAAAAUAUGAAGUUUAGUUGAGGAAACGAGAUAACUAGAUGUAAGUCUUAACUAUAUACUCAUUUAUUUUCAAAACUUAUGAAUUUAUUACUAGUGUCCAGGGUCUGAUUUUUACCUACCGUUAUUUGUAAGUUUAAAUUUUAUUGUUUUAAUAACUUGCCAGAUG